AUGAGGCCCCGCCUCCCACGCUGUAUCCAGUUCUUAUUAUACAUCCAUGAUUGAGACGAGGCUAUUGUGUAGCUCCAUAGAGCUCCCUAUGGUUCCUUUAAGGGGCGUUCCAGGAAGUCUGCUGCGCGUGCCCGUGAGUCACGUCCGGAUUGAGGAAGUGCUUCUGUUCUUAUUAUACAUCCAUGUGUUAAACAGACAGAUAAUGACGGCUGUGUUCGAAAACGGUGUGAAAUGACGCUGUCACGAUGCUUCUCGGUGUCCUGUGCAUUCUAUUCGUCCCCCAGGUGUUUUCUGAAGCCCCUCCAGCACCCCCACAGGACAUCCAGGUAGAUAACUGGCUGCUGAGAUGGAGUCCUGACCCUGACGACGGAGAUGUCACCUUCACCGCUCAAUACAGCAGGUUCCUCCAACAGUGCAACAUAAACGGUGUGUGGACAGAUGUUCCAUACUGUGUCCAUACAUCUUUAAAUUCCUGCAAUGUCAGUUCCAUCAAAGCUAGGAGUGAGUACGACUGUGUGAUGCUGCGUGUGCGAGCAGAGAGGCAUGGGAAGAACUCCACAUCAGUCCAAGCCUGUAGCAAACAUGGUCACCUCUGUACUCCGGACUUUAAUCUCACUGCGAGGCCUGGCUCCCUCACUGUACAUUUGAGUAGGAACACCCCUUUUCUUCGGGAACAUGCCAACCAUGCAAAGUACAGGGUUUACUAUGGCAAGAAAGGAGAGGCCCUCCAGGAUUAUAAAGAUGGUCUGGCCUCAGUGACCAUUGAUGAGCUGCAGGAGGGACAGCGGUACUGUACUAGGGUGCAGUACCUGUAUCACAAAAACACCGUGGGACUACCCACCUGUACCCAGUGUGAGCUCAUCCCCGAGUCAGACUCCAGACGGACAGUCACCAUAGUCUCUUUGGUGCUUGUGGGCGUCCUGCUCCUUGUGUUUCCUGUGAUAGCGUACUUCUUCCUCUUCCAGCGUGGGAGACUCAAACGUUGGUUGCAACCUCCAUACACGUUCCGAGUACACUUACUCGAGCCAAUUCUUGAGCCCUUCCUUCCCAUCCACAGCAGCACUGAAGAGCACUAUGAUGUCAUUACUUCCAUGUCCCCAGUAGAGCUCAGAGAAUGAAACUGUUUCUGCACAACUCUUCCUCUAAGUGGCCUUCUUAUUUUGUUGUGUGGCGAUUAGACCUGAACACUGAGUAAACAAGCUCCCCACUAUUACAAUCCACCUUAAUUCUCUCUUCAAUGUGGCUUCAAGAAUUGUAGGGAAUUACAGACAUAAGGACUUACUGGUAGCAUUUCUGAACCUUGGAAUGAGCAUCCAUCUUUUUUUAAAUACCAACAGGAGAGAGCUGUUUAUUCCUUAAAGCAGAAACAAUUGAGUGAUCAUCUUAAUUCUGGAAGAAUACUAAACCUUACUCUGGCCCCUCCUGGACAUGAGACACAAAGGCUGGGUUUCUGUUGAAUGUCUACCAGCGUACAUUUUCUGAUCAUGUUGCUUUUGUCUGAUGCCCUUUCUUGGUCAGCAUCAAGUACUUUCUUUACUAAUCUCAGCAUUGCCAAGAGUGAUUUUUACUUUUUGAUCUUUAUGUGUAUGAUGCUUAACUUUACUGACUCGCAAUAAAUGACUUAAUGUAAAGCGUAGAAAACAUUGUGA